AUGGGGGAGUCAGAGCCAUUCUGCUGCAGCUGUCGCAGCUGCAGCAGCGGCAGCAGCAGUACCAGCAGUAGCAGCAGCAAGGGCGGUAGCAGCAGCAGCAGCUGCAGCUGCUGCUGCAGCAACAGCAGCAACAGCAGAAGCAAGUUUGAACAGGCCUCAGAGACGUUACAGUCAGGCACAUGCAAUUCGCCUAUCGUGAAUGUCUUGCGUUGGGCGUACAGUCGGCUCUGCUCCCCGCUGCUGCUGCAGUUGCUGCUGCUGUUGCUGCUGGUGUUGCUGCUGGUGCAGGAGCAGCAGCUGCGGCUCCUCUAUCUGCACGGCACCGAAGCCAUAGAUGCUCUCAAUGCAUGCAAUGGAGAUACACUUCAGGGUAGAGGCCCCGAUGUGUUUGCUUUGGGUCAACGAGCUGCAGUUGCUGCUGGCAGGAUUAGCGGGUGCCCUGGUGCAGCAGCUGCUGCUGCUUCUUCUAUGACUACUGAAGGCAGCAGCUGGUCCAGUCAGCUGCUGAUGCUCUUACCGAGCCUAGAGCCACUGCCACAGCACCUCAUGCAGCAGCAGCAGCAGCAGCAGCGUCGCGCUGUUGCUUUGCUGCCGUUCGAGCAGCAGCAGGAGUGCUUGAGGCUUCGAUGGCUUUCUCUAAUUGCUGCUGCCGUUGCUGCUGCUGCUCUUCUCUCCGAGGUGAUCCCGCUCUUGUUUCGCUGUAUGUGGCUGUCCUUGCGUCUAUUGCUUUCUCCUUUCUUCCUCAUCAAACAGCAGCAGCAGCAACAACAGCAGCAGCAGCAGAAACAGCAGCAGCAGCAGCAGCAAUUGAACAACAUGUCUGAAGGAAAGCUCAUGAACUGCGCCGCCUCGGACAGCAGCAGUGUUCGCUGUUUGAGUGUGCAGGCACAAGAACAACAGCAAAAGCAGCAGCACCAGCACCAGCAGCAGCACCACCGGCGGCGGCAUUUGGAGCAGCAGCAGCAGCAGCAGCAGAAGCAGCAGCAACGGACAAACAAGGCCCCUCCUCGCGGCUGCUUUCGUCAUGAGAUGCUGUUGAGGUCUUCUCCUUUUUGUGUCUCCCCAAAGAACAGCAGCAGGGCGCACAGCACUUCAUCGCAGCAGCACUCACCUCAACCCGAGCAGCAGCAGCAGCGGCAGCAGCAGCAGCAGCAGGAAGGGCUUCAGCAGAAACAGCAAGACCCCGGUGUCUGCAUGCACACUGGAAGCUGCUGCUGCGAGAAGUGCCGCACAUUAAGGGAGGCAAAAUGCAUAGGGGCUGUAGGGGGCCUAGUCAAACGCAGAAGCAGCAGCAACUUGCUGCUGCUGCAGAACAGCAGCAACAGCAGCAACGGCAACAGUAGCAGCAGCAACUGGUGGAAUGGCAACCGAACAGAAGCAAAAGCAUUCUCUGUUUCUCCUGCCUCUUCUUCUUUUUCUGGAAGUGCGUAUCUUCCUGCUGCUGUUGCUGCAGCAGCAGCAGCAACAGCAGCAGCAGCAGCACCACCACCACCACCAACUACUGGGGGAUUCAGGAGGAGAGCGAAAUACUUUUACAUUGGAGACUCAAAGGACUCCUCUGAUGCUGAAGUGAGCAGCAGCAGCAGCAUAAGCAGCAGAAACAGAAACCGGUAUACCGGUAGCAGCGACAGCGACAUCAGCAGCAGCCGCAGCAGCAGCAACAGCGGCCACAGCAGCAAUAGCAGCCAUAGCAGCAACAGCAGCAGCCCAAGGCGCAGUCGCAACAUCUCACGCUGCGAAAGCCCUCCAGAAGCACAAAACAGCAGCACACCCCUUUCGAGUAAGUCAGCCCCGUCUGGAAUGCACAGGCUGCUGCUGCAGCACCAGCAACAGCAGCGGCUGCAGCAGCGGCAGCGGGAACUGCAGCAAGGGCAGAUGGAACAGCAGCUGCAACAGCAGCGGAAGCACCUGCUGAACCGGUUGCAGCAGCACGCUGAAUGGCUAGGAGAGCAGCAGCACGGGUCGCCGCUGCAGCACCUGCAGCAGCAACAGCAGCAACAGCAGCAACAGCUGCUGCAGCUGCAGCAGCAACAACGGCAGCAGCAACAUCAGCAACAGCAGCAACAGCAGCAGCAGCUGCAGCAGCUGCAGCAGCUCACAGAGCAGCAUAUGCUGCAGGCAGAGGAAGCUGAGAGACAACGUGAGACGGAAAGGCUAAAGGCGCUGUUGCUGCAGGACACACAAAGAGAAAUGAUGUCUAGAGAGAAGGAACCUAGACCCUAG